GAAAUUGUUAAUCUGGAAAUACCUUUGUUGAAAAGGUAUUUAGAAAAGAAGAACCCUUUGAUUUUCUCUAUUCUUUUGAGAAUUUCCCCACUUCUGUUCUGACUUUCCUAUACCUGAAGCAACAACGGACAGUGUGGGGGUAUAAAUAGUGUGCUUCAACGGAAAAUCACUCUUACAAAGCUAGAGACGACGAACAACAGUCAAAUGGUCAUGGCCCACGUGCGAGAAUUUCAAAAAUCAUCACAUGUCGCGAGUUUGUGAGAAUAUGUUCUUUUGAGUUUCAUUGGUUUUCGAAUUAAUGUUACAAUAUGUUUAAGUUUCAAAAUUGUCAUCAACGAUUAUAUCAAUUUUUAUCACGAUGGAUUCCUAUACGUAUAUGGAUCUGCGUGAUGAUGUUCACCGCUUGCUGGACCAGUUACUCAUGCCGCCUGCAAAUGCCAAUCCUGGUGGUGCCAAUGAUCGUGGAACCACCGGUCAACCAUACGAUCGGCGGCGUGUGCAUGUUCGAUGAGUCCUCGCGACGACGGCGCGACAUCGUCAGCUUCCUUGACCCAGGCAGCUAUGUGGAGGAAUACAUCUUGGAUCGCGUCCAAGAGGAGCGAGAUCACAGAUUGCAACGUCGUGAGGCAACGAGCGAGUCACGGUCGCCGGACGCUCGGCUUGAGUUAUUCAGCGGUCUACCGUUCGACUGGUCCCCGACAGUACGGGGUCAACUAUUAGCUAGUUAUGCUUACGGCAACGUACCUGGCAACUUCAUCGGCGGCUGGUUAGCCUUGAGAUAUGGACCGCGACACGCGGUCCUUUGGACGUCGCUUCUGGCCGCGCUGAUAUCGCUGGUGAGCCCGCUCAUUGCACAGUGGCAUUGGGGAUUAUUAAUGAUCUCGCGGAUCAUCAUCGGGAUCACUGGUGGUGUCAUUUUCCCCGCGUGCCACACCAUGGUAGCUAAAUGGGCACCGCCGCACGAGCGGGCACGCUUCAUUUGGUCCCUCCUCGGUGGCACUUUCGGCACUAUCCUCACAUAUCCCAUGAUAGCCGGCAUCGCGGAGAACAUAAACUGGGAGUGUGGCUGGUACAUACCGUCCCUACUGAUGUUGGUGUGGGUUUGCGUGUGGGCAAUGUUCGCCUACGAUUCACCCGCCGAGCAUCCGGGUAUUACUGCCGAGGAGAAGAACUAUAUUUUAACAGCGCAAGCGGGAAUAGUGCGCGCAGAAAAACCCACGUGGAAGCAAACACCGCUGCGGCAGAUAUUAACAUCGGUGCCGUUUAUCAGUCUGGUCAUAUGUCACUUUGGGAAUCUCUUCUUGUUAUUCUUCUACCAAAACUCGCUAAUGUUGUACUUGACGAAAGCCUUGGGUUUCAAAUUAACGAAGGGCGGUGCCGUGGCUGGUGCUCCAUGGGGUGCUAGGAUGCUUUUUGGAUUCUUCUUCAGCUGGGCGGGUGACACUAUCAAAAGAAAGCAGAUCAUCAGCAUCACUCUCUUACGAAAGCUUGCGACUAUAUUCUCGCAUUUUAUUCCUGGUAUCUUCCUGGUACUGGUUGGCUACGUUGGCUGUGAUUUCGUGCUUGCAAAUGUCUUUCUGUUCUUUGCGUUGGGUUUCAACGGCGCUGCUCUUAUCUCGAAUCUAUCCAACAACCAGGAUCUUGCACCAAAUUUUGCCGGUUUCCUUUACGGUAUCAUGAAUGCAGUCGGCACUACUUCCGGCAUGAUUAUCCCGCCGACAGUCGAAGAAAUAGCCGGCAAAUACGGAAAUCCCAUUGACAGAUGGCAAAUACUCUUCUGGAUCGGUGCUGCGGUAUGCAUCGGGAGUAUGUUUGUGUUCCUGUUUGGAGGUAGUGGUAAUAUACAAAGCUGGAAUGAACUUCGAUCGAUCAACAGACCAAAGGAUGAUGUAGAAGCAAGGCAAACUAAUUCAGAGCCUACUGAAACUAUAGCGCAAACUUAAUUUUAAUAAAUUCAAAAUUCUUAUUUUAAUAAUGGAUACAUCGUGAACAUGACACACAACAAAUAUUUUAGUUAUUAGUUUAAUAAUAUCUUAAACAGGAUAAAGUCUGAAAACUAUCCAAGAAAAAGACUGCAAAAUUAGAAUAUUUUAUAAAAAGAGGUUUUAGAAAAAUAACUGAAUGAUAUUAGGAAAAUUAAAAUGUGAAAUUGAAGAAGCAUUUAAAAAUUAGACUGUUUAAAACAUUAUAUUAUUUCUUAAAAUUGCAUAGCUUUGUUGCGUUAUUUAUCGAAUUUCAUGCUCAAUAAAAUAUCAUUUUAUUGAACUUCUUUCAUGUCUUCAUAUCUCGAUAUAAUGUUCAUUAAAGAAAUAUUAUUAUUUAUUUUUAACUUCAUUAUUCUUGCAGUCAACCGACACACAUAUCGAGUGCUCCACUUCAUAUAUGUAAGAAUCGAAUUGUGAUAUCAAAAUAAAAAGAACGCAAAAAAUAA